CGUUCCAUGUUUUGUUCAAAAUAGUACCCAGCGGCAUGUUUCAAAAGCUUGGCGCAAAAGACGUGGUUCGCGUAACGAAAGACUCGCUCCUCGGUCGCUCCCGCGGGCGGCCAGGGGCGAACCCUAGCCACCGCCGCCACCGCCGCAACCCGUCGCCCCCUCCCCUCUCGCCGCCGCCGGUGUGUGUCGCCGGGCAAAGCUCGUGCGGCUCAGCAGCGGCGAGCUCUCUCCUCCUCUCGCUUGGAGCAGCGCGGCGUGGGCCGGCCGCUUCGAAGGAGCUCGGCGCCAUGGCGUUCGGGAAGGCGCAGCGAGGAUGGGCUGAUGGUAGGCACGCGCGGCGAGGCUCCACAGGUGGCUGGGCGGCGCGCCGGGGUGGCGUCGCGCGCGUGGAGUGGCGCGGAUCUGACGCGAGGGGGCUCGGGCGAGGCUGCGUGGGCAGAGGGUCCCGGUGGCUGCAGGGGGAAGUGAGGCGCGGGCGCGCACAGGCUUGGCGCGGCCGCGAUGGGCGCGGUGGCUGCGGGUGCCGCCCAGAUCGGGCGUAGUGGUGCUCCUGUGGAUCUAGUCUGGUGCUCGGGGGGCGUGGGCGCGGAGGGCGUGGAGGGCGUGGGCGGCGUAGUCGACGCGGCUCAGGGCCUAUGGCGGCACAGGGGAGCUGCUUCAAGGUGCAGGUGUGGUAGAUCUGGUCUCUGGCGGCCGCAGUGGCACGCAUGGUGCGCGUGGCGCGCGUCUGUUGCUUGGCUGCGGCCGGCAGUCAUGGUGGCUGACAGUCUCGGGCAGUGCACCUCUUUUCCUUGCCGACAUGGUGCUCGGUAGGGUGCGGCGGUCUGUUGCGUCCGGUGGCUUUGCUCUCGAUGGCCGUCCUUGGCUCUACCCGCUAGCUCUUGAGUUUUGGUCGUCGGUAGCUGCUGCGAGGUGCGGUUGGCUACGGCGGCGACCCCUUUGUCGGUGGGUUGGUGCGGUGGUGAUUGCUUGGUGGGCUUGUCGGUGCCGAUGCGGGUGGAUGUGCGGCCGAGGUGGUCUGAGAGCUUGGGUGAAGACCCUGUCUCGGCCCUGUGCCAUGACGAACGAUGGCGGCAGCUGUGGCCGUUGUGACCUUCUUGGAGGCAUCGCUGAUUUGCUGUUGCACCCUUUUGCACGGAUCCGACCAUCUUGGGGGCUUCGUCUCGGAGCUCGGCAUCGGCAAGCGGGGCCGGUGGUUGGCGGCAGUUGAGGCGUCCAGACUUUUGCGCACGGUGCUUCUGUGGCAAUGAUGACGACGGUGAGCAAUGUCGGAGACGUGGCCUUUGGUUGUGGUAGUCGUCUCUUCUUCUCCGGCGUGUCCGUGGGAGUGCCUCGACUGUUCGUUGCUGUGAAGUCGAAGCCGCGGUGGGGGGCCGAUGGUAUAUGAUGAUGCGUACCAGGUUGUUCGUUCGGUGAUCCUCCGCGAUGCCACCCCAGCCUAGUCUCCUUAGUAGUUUCACCGUUUGGAGUCGGAGUUGCGCUGCCUAGUAUGGAUUGUGUUGGAGUGUUGUGCUGCAGCUUCUAGGGCUGUUGUUUUCUUUUUUUCUUUGAUCUUCGGAUCCUCUGGUCCUAGAACCUUCACCACCUGUUUUCCGUUGCUUCCUACUAUUAUCAAUGAAUGCCAGUGAUGCUGGAUCUUUCAAAAAAAAUAGUACCUGGCACUCUAUUUUAGCUCUGAAAUCGAAGAGAAGACAUCACUUGCAUAAAUCAUAAUUAAAAUGAGUUUCAUGUGUGAAUAAAUCUCACUAGAACAUCCUAGUGUAUAUUUUACUCAAGUGAUUUCUGGUCAGGGUGUUAAAACUUAACAGUUGCAAAGAAGUAUUUAAAAUUUAUCAACUAAUUCUCAUUUCAUGACAUUUCUAUGACUUACCGUUGAAACUAACUUCAUGGGAGUUCUUUAUGGAAACAUGUUUGAGAAAAUAAUCACUACAAUAGUUGGCUUGUUGUAUACCAAUCAGCGUUUUAAAUAGCGGGAUAUGCCAAAUAGCGGCAGCCUCCAAAUCAGCUAUAGCGAGACUAUAGCGGGCUAUAGCCAGCUAAUAGCAGACUAUUGUACAUGAGUACCAUUUAGUGGCACCAUGCUCAAACACUAUAGCAUUUAAAACUAUGAUACAGAUAGUUAUCUUGUUAUAUAAUCUGACUAGAAAAAUUACUUCCUUAAUGCUAAUUGCAUCGCUGCUUGCUCGCAGGACGGAUAUAGAUGUCUAUUCCAGUCAGCAUGAGCUUAUCCGCUGUUGGGGUCGUUGGUGCCGUCAACGAAUGUGUCACUUUGUUUCAAUGGGCCAAAUCUGCCGUUCCCUCUCUUUACUCCCGAUGGAGUGGCUCACAGGAGCAAAUUCUCCAGGACCAUGUGUUGCAGUUGGAGAGUGGCCUACAACUCCUCAGGGACACCCUUCCUGCAAUGUACGACCUCGUUAAUAAAGCAGAGUGGAGAAGCCAUGAACAUGUUGUGGCCAAGCUCCUUCCUAAUCUCAAGGAUGCAGUAGCUGAGGCCGAGGACCUUCUUGAUGAGUUUGGAUGGUACGAGAAGAAGGUACAAGUGGAGGGCAAUGCAAGCCAAUCUUCUUUCAUUGACUUCUUUCAUACCGCCGUACAAGGCAGCUUCAACAAACUGAAUGAUGUCCAAUUGAGGUUGAACCAUCUUUCAAGUCAACUGGAGAAUAUGGGGCUCCGUGGAGUUACACGAUGCUUUGAUAAAAUAGUCAGGCCGGAGACCACAUCUUUUCCAAAUGAAACAAAAAUAUUUGGUCGUGACAAGGAACUAAAGCGCUUAUUGGGAUUUCUCAAUGUACCUACAAUUUCAAAACGCAAGAGAGCAACUAGUUCGGCAAGCACAUCAGCAAGCAAUCAUGUUGGUAAUGAAUCGAGAAUAUUGGGUGUCCAUGUUUUGCCAAUUGUUGGAAUUGGUGGUGUUGGAAAGACAACUUUGGCCCAACAUAUUUGUAACCAUCGACGAGUGAAAUCUCACUUUGAGAUGAUAAUUUGGAUUUGUGUCUCAGAUGACUUUGAUGUGAAGAGGUUAACUAAAGAGGUGAUACAAUCAUGUACUAGAAAUGAGGCAACAACUGAUAAUUUGGAUUCUCUUCAGCGUGAUCUCUCUAACCAUGUGAACAAGAAAAGGUUAUUGAUAGUCCUCGAUGACAUGUGGGAUGAUGCCUUAAAGGAAAAUGGGCAGUGCUGGAAGAGGUUUUGUGCACCUUUUAGAAGUGCCCAAGAUGGAAGUGUGAUGUUGGUCACGACUAGAUGUCCAAAUGUUACUGAGGGGGUGCGGACAAUGGAACCCAUUAUAGUUGAAGGUCUGAAGGACAACGUCUUUUGGAAUUUCUUCAAAUUGUGUGCGUUUGGAUCUGAGGAUUCUAAUAAUGAUCCUGAGUUAGAGAGCAUUGGUAGAAGCAUACUUGCUAAACUAAAGGGUUCACCUCUGGCAGCCAAAACUCUAGGACGCAUGUUAAGCAUGGACCUUCAAGCAUCGCAUUGGAAUUCUAUACUCGAGAGUGAACUGUGGGAGUUGAAACAAGAGGAGACUGACAUUUUGCCUGCACUUCGGUUGAGCUACAUGUAUUUACCAUUCCACCUGAAGCAAUGCUUUGCAUUUUGUGCUGUGUACCCUAAAGAUUACAGAUUUCAUAAGGCACGCUUAGCUGAAAUUUGGGCGGCAGAAGGUUUUGUGGAUCCUCAGUGUGGUGUUCCAAUUCAAGAUAUUGGUUGUCAGUAUUUUGAAGACCUUGUAACACGAUCCUUCUUUCAAAUAAUUAGUAGUAGAUAUGUAAUCCAUGACUUGCUACACGACAUGGCACAAAUGGUUUCAGAGCAGGACUGCUGCAUUUUAAGAAAUAGAAGUGACUUGGAUAAAGUUCCCCAGAAUGUUCGUCAUCUCUACAUACUCCCUAGCAGUGAGUUUGAUGAUUCCAGCUUGUUAAAGCUAUGCAAGUACACAAAGUUGCGUACCCUAAUUUGCAAGAAGGAUUUAAAGAGAAAAACAUGCUUUGUUAUGGGCGAAUGGUGUACUAAACUUCUGCGUAUGCGCGUGAUUUCUUGUGACUCCACAAAUGAGUUACCAGAUAAUAUUGGCAAUUGGAAGCAUCUUCGGUACCUUGAAAUCAACAAAGCUCGCCCUCUGAAGAAAAUUCCUUCAACUUUUUGUUGGCUUUAUCAUCUUCAAAUUUAUAUGCCAAGAAUUGCAGGCUAGAAAGCUUGCCCGAUGACUUUGGUAAACUGAUUAGUUUGCAGAAGUUUGAAUCAGUUGGAUUAACAUAUUAUGAUGGGCGUCGCAUGUAUCUUGGUCCAAAUAACAAGUGGAGAGAUAUUACGUUAAUGAAGAAUCUGAACCAAUUCCGCGGGCACUUGGAGCUUAUUGAUGUUCACUUGCUAAGUAAGGAUCAUGCCGCAGAACUAAACCUGAAGAAUAAGAAAUAUCUUGAUGAGUUGAAACUGAAUAUGCGGGAGGAUCGUCCCACAGGUUUCCCUGAGUCUGAUAUCCAGUUUGAUAUCGACAACAAUGACAUCGAAGUGCUUGAAGUUCUACAGCCUCCUAUCAGUCUCAAGUCUUUGUUCCUCAAAAACUAUGACGAUAUCUGGCUCCCAAGUUGGUUUCAACCACAUAACCUACCAAGAUUAAAAUCACUUACUUUUGUACAUUGUUUUCAACUCGAGAGCAUAUCACCUCCUGCAUCACUUGACAAAUUGGUGAUCAAGGAUUGUCCAAACCUAGUUUCAAUUGGUGGAGCAAAGGCACUUGCAAAAAUAAAGACCGUCGAGAUAUCCAUGUGUCCAAAGUUAAAGGAAGCGGAGUAGAUCAAUACAAUAUCCCACCUAAGGGACUGGAGGCACGGGAGAUAAAAGGCUGCAUUACUUGGAAAAUGAGGACAACAAGACUUUGUGCCUGCCUCGUCGUCUAUAUGGCUGUCCGUGGCUGAUUACUGAUUUCUACCCUUGCAGUUUCAUACCAUCAACAAUUUCUCAUAUUUGUACUGAUAACUAUCAGUUCCCAGUUAGUAAACUCGUUGUAAUCUAUGAAACGACAGAGAAUCACCGACUCACCGUAGUGUUUUGGUUCAUCUUAACUCUGGAAUAUGUUCACCUUCCAUUGAUGAGCACCGCAUUUGCCUGUUUGUGAUA